UGUAAAUUUAAGAAGUCGAUUAUUUAGUACAAUGUAAAACUUUAUCUAUUUUCAGUAGAGGUAGGCGACAAUAGGAAUUUUCAUUAGCAUAAAGAUGCUUAUCUUUCGCAAUCUAUUACUUCAAUUAUUAGAGUUAGAGGCACCGGUCUACAAGUAGUGUAAAGUUUGCGUGGUUCCCAGCAUUUAAUUUCUUCACGAAUAAAAAGAAAAACAUAUUGCGCACAAGCAAACGUGCAGUGAAAGUUAGUAAAAUUGGAAAUCGCAACCUAAAUUGUGCGCAGUGAAUUGUCGAAACGAGAUUAAACUAGGUUGCAAAUUACACAAUUAAUUCUUACAAGUAUUUGAAGAUGAGUUAGUGUUACAUCCAAGUGAAGAAAAGUAAUUAAAACGUUUACUAAAAUAAUGACCGACUACUUAAAACGAAGAAAAUAUGAGGAAGAUUGCGGAUCAAUGUCAGAUUCCUGUGUGUAUACCGCUAGAAGUAAAGACUUCUGGGCGUCGGGAUUUCCUCCAGGAAUAACCGUAGAUGAAUUGAAACACUAUUGCAGGAAAAAAAUUGCUGAUCACCCGAAAGACAACCUGCAUCUUUUGGAAGGAUCGUUUAAAGGUUUGUUAUCGGAAUAUCAAAGAUGCUUUAAGAAUUUCCACAUUCUUGGCGGAUCUGUAGAUGGCGUCAACAAAGAGAAUAUAUCUCAGUACGAAUAUCGUGGUAAACGAAAGGUACCGGAGAGUUUGAUCAGUCUUGAAGGCCCUUUAGAUUUGAAUUCGGAAUACAAGGUCUCUUACGUAAACUACUUUAAUCUGGGCAAGGUCAAAAGAGAAAAUACAAUGGAAAAUGGCGACAAAACACAUAACAGCGAAACUCCGCCAGAUUUCCGCAGUCAACUCGAAAACCAUAGACAUGCUUCGCACUGGCGAUUUCUGAAGAAAAAUACCAAUUUACAAUUAGAAGGAGAGCAUUUUCUUCAAACGGAAAAAGCCGACAAGUUUAUACAAUUUCCGUUCCAACGGAGACCAGAAUUAGCCAAACGCUCCACUACUUUGAAGUUGGAAGGAGAUAUGGAGAAGAAGACUGAAAUGAGGGACAAGUUCUCUCCCAUCCAAUUACAAGAAAGACCCCCUUUGUAUAAAAAAGAUACCAAUCUUCAUUUAGAAGGAGACUUACUACUUCUCACGGAGAACAGGGAGAAGUACGUUCCGACAGUGCUUCAAUCACGUCCGAAGUUAACAAAAAAGAACACCAACCUAAAGUUAGACGGUGAUCUAGAAUUAAUGCCCGAAUACAAGCAAUUUUUUGUAGAGCAUAAAUGCAAGCCAUCUGAGAAAAUAGUGCCAGUUAAUAAUCUCAAGACGGAAGGAGAUUACGACAUGAAAACGGAACACGCGUCAAGAUUUACACAGCACCAGCUCAUUCAUCCCAUAAUUCCCCACUUACGUGAGUCCGAACCUGGAAGGAAGUUCCAUUUGGGAGACGACGACACCGUACGAAAACCCGAAUAUAAAGCAAAGUACGUGAUGUAUGACAAACCAGAAAGAAGAACGGCCUCCAUACCCAAAUCAAACCUUACCCAAGAGGGAGAAAUCGAUACCAAAACUGAAAAUAAAGUUCAGUUUGUUGUGAAGACAAUUCCAAAACGAGAACGACAGAGAAGUACCGGAAACAUAUCGCUCGAAGGGGACAUUGAUAUGAAUCCCGAGUACAAGAACGCCUAUGUUGACUUCUACGCAUCUUCAGCUAAAAGUUUGCCCUUGCCGGAACGACGUAAGCCACCCCAGUCGCACUUAAACGAAGAUAUAAAAAUGGAAAACGGGAUUAAUUUGAAACCCGAGUACAGGAGCUCCUACGUUGAUUUUCCGCGACAAAGACCAUCCGUGAAGAAACCAGAAACGCAUUUGUCACUGGAAGGAAAUCUGUUACUUCAAACAGAAAAACGUGAUAAGUAUGUACCGUACUUAAACGUUCCUAGAGUAGUUCCAAUACGACGAAUGCCAGAACUAUCGUUAGAAGGACCAUUCGAAUGUCAGCCUGAGUACCGAAAGGCUUACCAGGCUUACCUUAUACGUGAAAAUUUGGAGAGAAAGCACAGACCCUUCGACAAUCUGUCAGCCCUUCAAGCAGCCGAAAAGGUGCCUUCCGCUAGGAAAAACGAAAACCUACAAGUGCCGGCCUCGUCUAAUGGCAAGAACAAGGAAGAUAUUGCAACAACACCAUCAAAAACUGAAGCUCAAAUUAUUACUUCAAAAACUAUUGACAAUAAUAAAUCAAUUACUAAACCCAAUUUCAUGCUUAAUAAUAAACUAUCUGGAGAAACAACAGCGAUUGGUAAAACGACAAAUAAAAAGUUAAUUGCUCCAAAGUCUUCCCAACAACAAAGUGACAGCCGGAACCGCAACGUAACUAGGCGACAAACUUCUCCAAGAAAGUUUGAUAAAUUUGUAGAAGUACCGAAUUUAGCUUACAAAGAUCCAUAUUACUCUCCAAUUUCGUCUUUAAUACACACUCCUAUGACUACAACACCGAGAUGUUUAUCGCCUGUAAAUUUACCGCCAAGGUUUUUGUCACCACAAGCGCACACUUCUUCUAAAAAUACUCCACGUAGAAGUUUAUCAACAAGAAGCGUUUCUUCUAGUCGAAAUUUGCCACAGAAAACUGUCACAUCCAAGAAACCAAUACCUAAAAGUGUUUCACCUAGGAGACCUUCGUCUCAAAGCUUUUCAUCUAGAAUAUCGUCUCCUAAACAGUUUUCAACGAGAAUUUUAUCGUCUCAAAAGGUUUCAUCUAAACAUUCGUCUCCUAGAAUCGUUUCACCUAAACGUUUGUUUCCCGGAGACACUUCACCCAGGUGUUUAUCUCCUAGAAAUGUUUCAUCUAGACCACUAUCUCUUAAAGAUGAUCCAUCUGAGUCUUUAACUUCCAGAGGUGCUUCACCUGGUCGAUUAUCUCCCAAAAGAGUUACAUCUAGGUGUUUAACUCCUGGAGGAACUUUGUCUAGGCGAUCGUCUCUACAAGGCGAAUCGCUCGCGUGUAUGUCGUCUAGGAACGUUACGUCAAGGGAAUUGGGAGUAUUUAGGAGUGGUUCGCCCAUGUUUUUGUCUCCUAGGGCGGACUCGCCAAGGUUUAUAUCGCCUACGUCUGAAUUAGUGCCUAUGAAAAAAUGUUUGUCGCGAAGAAAUUCGUACGAACGUUUCAAUUUACAGAGUGACAUUUUCAAUGAUAGGUUUGUAAAGGGAGAGUACGGUUCAAAGGAUCAAAUACGAGCUGGUGGGAACGAGAAAUCCUUCAUAGUUAUAAAGGACGACCUAAAUAAUAACGAUGUGAACGGAGUUUACGACAGCAAUAAAAACCAUGAAAUUAAUUCGUACGACGAAGAAAACUUGCUUGCUUCCUGGGACAGUGCCUCGACGUAGAGAAAUUUAUUACUUAUGGACUUAGCGGAAUGUUGCGUGCGUUAUCCUUUGAAAUAUUUACGGCAGGAGACGAAGGAUGUUAACAUGUUUUUACAAAGGGGUUCUUGCAAAAUUUACCAUACAAUGACUCUUGGUAUUUCAAUAUCUAAACUAGUAAAAUACAAAAUGUAUUCAUUUUAGAAUUCAUCAGUUUUAUGUACUUAUAAAUGUUUUUUGUUCUAUCUAAAAAACAUAACCU